AUGCUGACCAGUGUGGUGGAGGACAUCAGUCUCGCGGUCAGCAGAAACAUUGUUGGUGCUGAAGUUCUGCAUGAACUGCUGAGUGCACCGUGGCUGCACGCUCUGCUGAAGAUUUAUGAGUGCCUGUUGCAGUUUGGGAGGUCCACACCCUCACCCCUUCUGCCUUGUGCCUUAGGACUCUCACACGAGAUCAUGGCUACAAUACAAAUGGUCCACCGUCCCUCCGCUGAAGCCAGAGAGCUCUACAGCCUCCUCAGCUCACCACACAUGCAGGCCCUCCUAUCAUCUCAGGACAGUGUAGCCCAGUCAGACUAUGGACCCGUUUUACCGCCUCUGCCUGAUGACAUGCCCGAGGGCGAGGAGACCAUGAGGGUCGUCUGUCUGGUGAAGAACAACCAGCCGCUGGGGGCGACGAUUAGGAGGGACGAGGAAACGGGAGAGAUCUACAUGGCCAGGGUGAUUCAUGGAGAACUGGCCGACCGCAGCGGACUCCUCUAUCCUGGUGAUCUGUUAGUGGAGGUAAACGGAAGCCCUGUGGUGGGUAUGGAGCCAGGACUGGUCGUCCAGAUACUGAUGAUUUCCCAGGGAACAAUCCUGUUCAAAGUCAUUCCUGAUAGAGCUCAGAGCAGCCCUCGUGUUUCCCGGCCUGCAGGAGGACGACUUUGUGGAGCUGGAGGAGGCGUCCCGGCUGAUGGAGGUCAAGUACAAACAGUUUUUCGACCACACGCUGGUGAACGACGACCUCCAGCACGCCUGCAUGCAGCUCUGCUCCGUCAUCCAGGAGGCGCAGGACGAACCACAGUGGAUACCUGUCAGCUGGAGGAGUAA